AAUUCUUUGCUUUCCUGCAUGCUUGUAUCACUGUAAUCCUACAGACCUGUCCCCGAGAUCCGCAGUUCAUAUCGCUAUCUUUCAACACUGCAAAUUAGAUUUUCAUGUUGUAUAUAAUCUGCCUUCUUGAAAUAAACAGGAACUCGUAAUAUGCAUUAUUGCAGUAAUCCGUAACGAAUUUUUCAUAAUACGGAAGUACUUCACCUGGUUAUUAACAUGCCUGCCCUCUGGUGCCCAAACUAACUUACUAGAAACAUUUCCGGCACCGAAAAAUAUACUUAAUGGUUUAGGAUUUUACCGCAUGUAAAAAUUCGCUUGCUUUGACCAGUGUGACAUCUACUGACAUAACUCGUUAAGAUUGCACAUGUCUCUUCUGCAGCUUGUGAUCCAACGUGGUCUUAUUAUCUAUGUAUGUUUCUUCAAAGGGGCUGGUGAAGAUAUUAUUCCCAAAAUGGUCAAUACAAUCCUGAAUGUGAAAUUAAGCGAAUGUGAAGAUGGCAAAUAUGUGUCUGUUUUGGAUUUGCCAGGCAACAUACUUGUAAUACCACAAGGCACACUGGGUGGUAAAUUGAAAGGAAGAAGAAUGCAAUAUCAUGCUAACAUUGAAAAAGAAAUUGGGUUAGAACUCUAUUCCCAGUUUGUGAUUCAGUGUGAAAAACAACUGGCUGCUAAUGUCAAAUGUGCAGAAGCUGAUGUAGUCCUGAAGCAUGGCACAUAUGGAAACCGACAAGUACUGAGAGUAGAUACAAAUGGACCUUUCACUCAUCUGAUUGAGUUUUGAGAAAUAUGCGCUACAGGUAACAAUAUCCUUAACUUGAUGCUAAUGUUUGUGUGCAAAGAAAAUAGAAACGUCUACCAAUAACUUAGGUCCACAUGGAUAUAUUUCUUUUGUACUCUAGAAAGAGUACAGAGAAGAGGAACAAAGAUGAUCAGGGGACUGGAGGCUAAAACAUAAGGAACGGUUGCUGGAAUUGGGAAUGUCUAAUCUAAUGAAGAAAAGAAUGAGGGGUGACAUAA